AAGCUCGAGUCUUGGUCACCUUGUGAGUCAGUGAAAGUACCUGUUAGUCAGAGUGAAUCGUUCGUGUUGUGGAGCCUGUGCUGCAGGCAGGAAGCAGAGAGGAGAGUUGAUUUGAGGCAAAGAGCAGAUGUGUUCAGCUGGUGGAAGCAGCGCACAGCUGCCUGGAGGGCUGCAGGCCUCAGUGGACUGGUCAGUAUAAAAACUGUGUGGACCAAAGCAUACCAAAUGAGGAGGUAGGGAAGGGGUGAAACUUUUUACCCCUGCAGGACAGCCCUGAAGAGGAGUUAAUAUGUUUUAAUGAGUGAAACAAACACAUGUGCUGGCAUUGUACGUUUUUGCCAUGAGGUGACGUGCAGGUUGUUUUUUAGGGGGUCCAUGAUGCAGUUCCCGCAUUGUUCACGUCCCUCCUCCUGCUUGGGAAGUGGGAGGACUCGAAAGGCGUCGCAAAAGCGGGGGGAGAAUUGUUUGAGAGCUCAGUCAUCCAAAAACGGCCUUUCAGUGUGAGAAACUUUGUGUGGAGAAAAUGUCGCUGGCUUCGUCGCAGUGAAUCCAAACAACACACGAGAACAAGUAGAAGAAGACGACGUUUUUUGCUUUCUUUUUGCUUUUCUUGUUUGGGAGAAGGACUAAAAAAGUCGCCCGCAGUCGAACUGAAGAUCGCUCUGCAGAAAAAAAACGAGGUGCGAGCAGCAGAUCGAGCAGUUUUGAGCGGUGCAUGGAAGAUGUCGGGAAAGCGAGACUGGACUCCGUGGAUGAGAAAAAGAAGCGCUCCAGUGUUGUGCGCGCUGGGUGCAGUACUGCUGUGCUGCCUCCAGAGUGGCGCCGCCGUCCCUGACGAGGUCCCAGAGUUCACCGAGGAGCCCGCCUCGGUGGUGCAGAAGCUGGGAGGCAGCGUGAGUCUGCAAUGCGGCGCCCGGCCCGCCUCCGCCAACAUCAGCUGGCGCCUGAAUGGCCGGCACCUGACGGACGGAGAUCUCGGCGUGGUGCUGGGGCCCGGCGGCUUGUUCAUCGCCACGCUCUCCAACGUGACUCUUGGCCGCUACCAGUGUGUGGUCGCCACCGACGCCGGAGCCCUGGCCAGCGUGCCUGCUGACGUCACCGCAGCCAAGCUGCGUGACUUCGAGCCCGACGACCAGCAGGAGAUCGAGGUGGACGAAGGCAACACGGCCGUCAUCGAGUGUCACCUCCCGGAGAGCCAGCCCAAAGCUCAGGUCCGAUACAGCGUCAAGCAGGAAUGGCUGGAGACGUCCAAAGGCAACUACCUCAUCAUGCCGUCAGGGAACCUGCAGAUCGCCAACGCCACGCGGGACGACGAGGGGCCGUACAAGUGCGCCGCUUACAACCCCGUCACCCAGGAGGUCAAAACCUCCACCUCCACCGACCGCCUGCGCAUACGCCGCUCCACGUCGGAGGCGGCCCGCAUCAUCUACCCGCCGGCGUCCCGCUCCAUCAUGGUGACCAAAGGCCAGCGGCUGGUGCUGGAGUGCGUGGCCAGCGGCAUCCCCACCCCGCAGGUCACAUGGGCCAAGGACGGCCUGGACCUGCGCUUCCUCGGAAACAACACUCGCUUCCUGCUCAGCAACCUGCUCAUCGACGCCGUGGCCGAGGGCGACUCGGGGACGUACGCCUGCCGGGCCGACAACGGCAUUGGCUCCUCCGCCAUGGCCGCCACCGUGCUCUACGAUGUGCAAGUGUUUGAGCCUCCUCAGGUGGCGGUGGAGCUUCAGCAGCAGGAAGUGAUGUUUGGCGAGACCGUGCGCUUCAGCUGCCAAGCCCGGGGCAAGCCGGCGCCGUCCGUGACGUGGCUGCACAACGCCCGGCCCCUCUCGCCGUCCGCUCACCACCGCUUGACCUCCCGCAUGCUCCGCAUCUCCAACGUGGGCCCCCAGGACGAGGGCCUGUACCAGUGCAUGGUGGAGAACGGCGUGGGCAGCGCUCAGGCGUCCGCUCGCCUCAUCACGAUAUCGAGCGGGGUUAGCGCCAGGGGGAAGCUGCCCUCCAUGUAUCGGCCCCUCAGUCCGGACAAAGUGCUGAGGGAGCAGCCGCCCGUGAGGCCCGGGGCCUCGGGGGCCAUGCUGCCUCUGGACUGCGCCUCGCUGCCGGGACAGAUCCUGCCCGCCGAAGCCCCCAUCAUCCUCAGCCAGCCUCGCACCGGCAAAGCCGACCACUACGAGCUGACCUGGAGGCCCAGACACGAGCGAGGAGCCCCCGUGCUGGAGUACAUGAUCAAGUACAGAAAGGUGGGCGACCCGUUGGCCGAGUGGACGUCCAGCAGCAUCUCGGGCGCCCUGCACAAGCUCACGCUGGCCAAGCUGCAGCCAGACAGCCUCUACGAGGUGGAGAUGGCCGCCAAGAACUGUGCGGGCUUAGGCCAGCCCGCCAUGAUGACCUUCAGGACCGGCAGAGGUCGCAAGGGUUUAGGAGGACACAACGAUCUGCCCAAAACGCCUGCCGUCCCCUCGCCGAGCCUUUCUCCUCCCGAGGCGCCGGACAAGCCCACGGUCUCCACGGCGACGGAGACGUCCGCCUACGUGACGUGGAUCCCCCGCGGCAACCGAGGCUUCCCCAUCCAGUCCUUCCGCGUGGAGUACAAGAAGGUGAAGAAGGCGGGCGAGGACUGGGUGACGGCGGUGGAGAACAUCCCGCCGUCACGCCUCUCCGUGGAGAUCACCGGUCUGGAGAAAGGGACCUCCUACAAGUUCAGAGUCUUGGCUGUCAACGUGAUCGGGUCCAGCCCCCCGAGCGCCCCCUCCAAAGCCUACACGGUGGUGGGGGGGAGGACCCACGAGCGCCCCGUGGACGGCCCCUACAUCACCUACAACGAGGCCAUCAACGAGACCACCAUCAUCCUCAAAUGGACGUACACGCCAGUCAACAACACGCCCAUCUACGGCUUCUACAUCUACUACCGGCCCACCGACAGCGACAACGACAGCGACUACAAGAAGGACGUGGUGGAGGGCGACCGCUACUGGCACUCCAUCGGCGACCUGCAGCCCGAGACGGCGUACGACAUCAAGAUGCAGAGCUUCAACGAGAAGGGCGAGAGCGAGUUUGGCAACGUGGUCAUCCUGGAGACCAAAGCGCGUCCUCAUCACCAGCGCCCCGCCCCCUCGGAGAGCCCCGACCAAGAGGUGGGCCACACCAGCGGGCUGGUGCCCCGGCCGGGUGACCUCCCUUACCUCAUCGUCGGGAUCGUGCUCGGAGCCUUCGUCUUCAUCAUCGUUGCCUUCAUCCCCUUCUGCCUGUGGAGGGCCUGGGCCAAGCAGAAGCAAACGUCGGACUUGUGCUUCCCGACCGUGGCUGCCCCCGUGUCCUCGUGCCAGUACACCAUGGUUCCUCUUCAGGGUCUCGCCCUGGUGGGACACUGUCCCAUGGACGCCCACCUGACGGUCCCGCACGCCGUUUACCCCGCGAGUGGAGACUACGGCCACAACGGCAAAGCCCACCGCCUGCAGGACGACGUGGACUGUCCUCUGGAAUGUGACACCUUGUUGCCGCAGGGACCGCCCAAUGGGCACCUUCCGCUCUACCACUACGCCAGCAGCGACGCCGACCCUCACGAGCAGACGUUUGGGCUGGCCGACGACUCUUCCCGUCAGCUCCUGGACUCUUCCUGUCAGCUCCUGGACUCUUCCUGCCAGCGCCUGGACUCUUCCCGUCAGCUCGUCGACACACAGGAGUUGAGCGGGGACAGGGACGAGGAAGAAGACAAACCUUCCGAAAAAGCGGCGUCAUUCCCUGGCCUUCCUCUAGAAGAUGAAGGAAUUUUCACCACGUCGUCGUCAUCGUCUUCGGCCACGACGCCGCAAUGCCAAGAUACGAGCAUCCAGGAAGUGAAUGUCGUCCCAGGCGAAGGGAACGUCGCGUGUGCAUAAGAGACUCUUUGAAACAAAUCUAUAUUUAUUUUUGUAUCAGAUAUUUAUAUAUUUAUGCUUUUGUACAUAUUUGUUUCAUACUGUAUAUAAGCUUAUUUUCAUAUUGUAAAAAAGCUCUAUUCAUCUAAGGCCCGCCCCUUUGUGUCACAUGGUCUUGUUCUGCUUCUUUGCUCAGCACUUGUAGAUCAUUCCUCACUUUCCCAAAUGUUGGAAUAUUUAGCUUUACCGAGUCUGAGGUGCUUUAUCACGGCUUUUUUUUGUACAGCAAUAACGCCUUCUUCCUCUUCAUAACUCAUAGCAAGCACGGAAAAGAGAUGAUAUAUUGUAUAGUUAUUUAUUUUUCUAUUUCAUCACUGAAUGGGAUUCUGGACAAAAAGAUUUAUCAGUCAUGAUAAGCUCAAUUGUUUGUUUGUUUUUUACUCAUUUGCUGGUUACCAAAUGGCCGCCAGGAGGGGGCGCUGUGACGGUUGGGUCAGUGUUAGUAAUAUUCUUUCCAAGCAAAAUGAAGGAAUUUGAAGUGUAGCUGCUGUCUGGUUGCACAAGCUGGAGCACUAUGGCAUGUAAAUAAAAGCUUAUGA